CGAGUAUUACCUUGGAUCCUAUUUGGUUGUGGCAACAGAACCAGACUGAGAUAGAUAGAAUAAGGUUGUGCACUCUGGUUACCGCAAAUAAGGAUGUGUAGCGUUCAGCUGAGAUCGGAUAUGAGCGGAUCAACGGAUGUAGAACACAGCGCCCCAAGUUCUUUUAAAGAGUCGGAGACAAACACGAGCGAUCAAAGAUCAAUAACGCCGACAGGAAUGGUGGGUGGCUUAUGGAGUGGCGUGUUGGUCAAAUCGCCCGGUGAACAGCAGAGUGCGGGAACGCUUAAAAUAGCCAUUGAAUUACCUCUCAUGGACUUGAUGUUAUCCGAGACCUCGGGUUCAGCACAUUGGACGAAUAUGCGUGCGCGUACAAGGUCCCCACAAAGAUAUACCAAAGGGACCACCGAGGAGUACGUGAGACCAUAUGGAUCAAUGCCUGUGCAGCUUGUGUCCCGAAGGGGUGUACUCCCACAUCAGUAUCGUAGUACACUUUUCAAAUCAGUGGACGACCCCUCGAGUGAUCCUGGACAAAAUGUCACAUCACCGACAGGGGACUCUGUGUCGCAAAGCUAUCUGGCUGCCAUGACUGAAAUGGAUAAUAUGCUGGACAACACUAUCGAUUGGAAGAAAGUGGAAGAACUGGAGACGACAAUUUGGAUGGCGCAAACAGAUCCCAAGUGUCCCGCAUUUGUCAGAACGAAUUCAGUCAACAGUUACAAGAAUAUAUUGCUCCAAGCAUUGUUACGUUGCAAGCGAAAAGUGGAUGCGCUCAAAACGGAGGCCAACGAGUUCUACGGUCAAACAGAAGGAAUGCUGUCCGGUUCACAAAUGCAGAAACUUGCUCACUUUCGACUGCUCGUGGCGGACACGACGCACGAAAUUAAUUUGGUCGAAAAAAUGAUCCAAAAUGCAGAGGCAUUCAUUCCAGUGGAAGAUGCGCAACACCAGCGACAACAGAAAAAGCACAGUCUGUUGACUACGCCAAACUUGGUUCGGGAAAGGUAUGCUAGGCAAGUUCGAGUGAUUUGCGAGAUGUUGCUCAUGAUGGAAGAACUUUUUGGAAGCGUCAAGAGAGAAGAUGAUAAGCAAGAACUGCAGCUCAUUCCAAACAGCAUCUGAGUUUUUGUAGAAGCCCAUGAUUCGAUUAAUUUGUGCACAUUUUCAACGAAUUACAGACUCCUGG